AUGGCGCGGUCAACAAAGCCCCAUCGUGACAUCAAAGUUCGCGUACCCAGACAUAACUCACAACGUAUCGGACCCGUUCUGACCGCAAACGUGGAGGCGGUGGCUCGCGAGAAGCGCAUUCGAGUGGAAGUCAAGCAGACGGCCCUUGAGCCCACAAGUGCCCUCGCUCAAGCUAUUGAGAGUGCCUCAGACUGGAAUUCCCUCCUCAUAACUGCCAGAGCCGAACGGGGUCCUCAGUGGGAUAUUGGGACCCAACAGUUCCACGUCGACGUGCAUUCCAACUUGUACUACGACCCCACGCCUCUUCGGGAACACAUGAAAGACGAGGAGCCACCAUCCUCAUCAUCCCACCCUCCACAGCGGCAGCACCCCGACACUGUCAGCUCUUCCCGAAUGCUGCGCACCGGCUCCAUGCAGGGUGGCAUGAACCCCCAACUUGCUCAAGCGCAAAUGUACGGCGGUCCCCAGGGCAUGGCUUCUCCACGACACGGCUUUCCCCCAGGCGGCAACCAAGUGAUGGCGAGUCCAUACGGCGGCAUGACUGGCAUUCCGCCCGGGCAGUUCUACGGCGGAGACGUCCCCCCUUCUCCCAUGUCGCGCGGACCGGGGAUGGGUAUGAACCCUGCGAUGGCCGGCUUGGGAGGCGGCAUGGUGAUGAACCCCGGGAUGGGGAUGGGAGGUAUGCCGCCCGACGGGGCUAUGUCUCCCGAGGUGCGUCGGCGGGUGACAAGAGGCAUGAGCAUGGACGAGUUUGGAAUGCACUAG